AGGCGAGGCGAGGAUGCGUCGUGUGAAGGUGGUCCUCGGGCACUUGGCCCCCGGGGCCGGGCAGCUCAGGGCCAGUCCCUGCCGGGGCUCCUCGGGGGCCUCCCGGGCGGCGGCAGCGGUGGCCAGCCCGGAGGACGUGGUGGUGGUCCACGGGCGACGGACCCCUAUCGCCAAAGGCAAGCGGGGCGGCUUCAAGGAGACUACCCCCGAUGAGCUGCUUGUUGCAGUCAUGACAGCUGUCCUGAAAGACCUGCAGCUAGACCCUGAGAAGCUGGGGGACAUCUGUGUGGGAAAUGUACUUCAACCUGGGGCCGGAGCAUUGACAGCGAGAGUUGCACAGUUUCUAAGUGGCAUUCCAGAGACUGUGCCAUUGCAGUGUGUUAACAGGCAGUGUUCGUCUGGCUUGCAAGCCGUGAUCAAUAUUGCUGGCGGCAUCAGGAACGGAUCUUAUGACAUUGGAUUGGCCUGUGGAGUCGAGAGCAUGUCUCUACGCAGUGCUGAUAACCCUGGGGAUGUCAGCUCUCGCAUGAUGGACAGUGCUAAAGCCAGAGAUUGUUUGAUCCCAAUGGGAAUAACCUCUGAGAAUGUGGCUGAAAGAUUUGGUGUCUCCCGGCAAAAGCAAGACGCAUUUGCUUUUACUUCUCAACAAAAAGCUGCUCGAGCCCAGCAGAUGGGAUGGUUUAAAAACGAGAUUGUGCCUGUGACGACCAAGAUCACCGAUGACCAGGGCAACGAGAAGACCAUCACUGUGCUUCAAGACGAAGGGAUCAGGCCGAGCACCACCCUGGAAGGGCUGGCUAAGCUAAAGCCCGCCUUCAAGGAGAACGGAACGACGACCGCGGGCAAUUCCAGUCAAGUGAGUGAUGGCGCGGCGGCUGUUCUCCUGGCCAAACGCUCCAAAGCAUCGCAGCUGGGCCUGCCUGUCCUUGGGGUGCUGCGAUCGUACGCUGUAGUCGGUGUCCCACCUGAUGUCAUGGGCAUUGGGCCAGCCUAUGCCAUUCCAGCAGCAGUGGAAAAAGCCGGUUUGACUCUGAAUGAUAUUGACAUAUUUGAAAUCAACGAAGCCUUUGCUAGUCAGGCUGUCUACUGUGUGGAGAAGCUUGGCAUCCCGCUGGAGAAGGUCAAUCCUCUUGGGGGCGCCAUUGCUUUGGGUCACCCGCUGGGAUGCACCGGGGCUCGCCAGGUUGUCACUCUCCUCAAUGAGCUAAAGCGCAGAGGAAACAGGGGAUAUGGCGUGGUCUCCAUGUGCAUCGGGACAGGUAUGGGAGCGGCUGCAGUGUUUGAAUAUCCAGGGAAGUGAAGUCACUUCCAGCCUGCUUGGAAGACCGCCCCGUGCCUUAAUGCCUGGAAUUCUCCAACCGACACACGGCUCCCUGAAUCUGUCUAAGGAAAAGAUGUUCUGUGCCCAGCCCAGCCUGCCGGUGGGAGGCACCCCCCAGAGCCUGAUGUCCGUCUUGCCACUCUUACGACACAUCUCCAGCCUUCAGCUACAGGCCCAGCUUCUCUACUUGAGUUGCUGGCACAGCUCAUGGCGACUCCCAGCCGUGGGCUGCCAGCAAUGACAUGCUUGUUACCACAAAGAAGGGGUUGAAGGAACUCCAGAGAUCCGUAACACAUCUUCUGAGUCACGGAUCUGAUAGCUACUGCUGUACCCGAAGAGAACUCUUGGGGUGUCUGAGCUUAAGGUGACUAGCCAUGCUUGGGAGUGGGACACAGCAAAGAGUACAGGCUAUUUCUUUUAUCUAGACUAAUGUUGCCCAGUUCAGAACAGUUACAGACAAAUGUGGAAGCCCUAAAGGGGGUGGAGGGCACUGCGUUUGCUUUCUUUACAGGGGUAACCCCUACAGGCAGCAGGGAUAAAGCCUCAGUUGAUGUGAUUGUAUUCAAGGGGCUAAAUCAUCAUUUGGUGCAAGAAAACUGUCAUUUGACAAACGGGUUAGUGGGUAGUAGCAAAAAGCCAGAGUAUUCCCAGCACAUCUUUAUGCUAAUGUUCCGAGUGAGACGGUCUCUUCAAAAUAUGCAGGUUCUCCCUGCCUGUCUUGUCUUUUAACGGGUAAUGGCUUGUUAAUAUGUUUAAAAGGCAGCCUUCAGCCCACUUAAUGUGAUGCUUAAAAACACUAAUAUGGCAGAUUAAGAAAUGCAAAUUAACGUACAAACAGAAGAGGUUAAAUGAUGAAAGGAAGCAAAAGUGGACUGUUCUACCGUCCUUUAAUAGGAUAAGUUGUUUUAAGAAUUUGGGAGGGAAAGUAAGCUGUGAAUUUAUCCUUCACCAUGAUCACUAGACCAGAUAAGUUACAAAUGGAUGACUGGAGAUAAAGAACUGAUCAUUAGUUGAUUAACGCAUAUUAAAUACUUCUGCCAGUGGAUUAAACUAGAACAGUAAUACCUCAAUGUGGUUGAUGGUAUAACACACAUAGAAGGAAUGGUUCUCUAAUAACAAACACUGAUGUUCUGUUACUGAUUCUGAUUAAUGGUGUGCCACUGAUUCUUACUUUCUUGCCUGAUCUGGUGUAUAAGCGUAUGGCUACCUUUGCAUCUCUACCAAUUAAAAUGGGGACCUUUGAGAUUCUUAAAGAAGUGUCCCAUGUAAA